AUGUCGUUGAAACAAUUUUUGAACACAUUGAGUAAAGAUUGGAGGUAUAGUCGAAUACCACAGAAGGACGAGGAGAGUUUAUCUAGGAUUCGAUAUGGGUCAGAUGACAAUCUUACAGAAAUGGAACUGUCUCAAGAGGUACGAGAGGAAGCGGAGCUGCUGUCGUCCCCGUCACCGUCACCGUCACCACCACCACCACCACCAAGCACCAGGUUAAACUGUGAAGAGUUGGCGAAAGAGGAUGGAGAUGAAGAUAGUGUUGAUAAUGUCAACAUAUACGAAACUUUCAGAUUAUCACUUCAGUUUAUUAUUCUUUGGUUUUCUGCCAAUUUGGUAACGAAUGCUUCUUUAUCAUACACUUCUGUUGCUUCACAAACCAUUUUGUCGUCGACAUCAUCAUUUUUCACUUUGAUAAUUGGCUAUUUAGUCUCAAUUGAGCAGAUUAACCAAAAUAAAAUUGUAGGGAUAUUGCUUAGUUUUGCUGGGGUCUUAAUCGUCACCAAGGUAGACACAGCUGAGGAUAAUCCCAAUAAUGGGCAAAAUACUUCGAUUCUUUUGAUACUUUGGGGAAACCUUCUUGCAAUUAUUGGCGCUGUCAUAUAUGGUAUUUACACUAUUCUUUUAAAGUUCAAGAUAACAAUUCCCAAUUCACAUAAGGAAAAAAAUCUUAAUACGCAUUUGUUCUUUGGAUUCGUGGGACUAGUUUGUUUGCUUGGGUUUUGGCCAAUACUAAUCAUUUUACAUUUCACUGGAGUUGAAAAAUUUUCAUUGCCUCAAAGUUCAUCAAUGGCUCAGUUAUUAGUUUCAAAUGCUGCUAUUACUUUUAUAAGUGAUUUCUGUUGGUGUAACGCCGUACUUUUGACAAGUCCUUUAACCGUUACUGUUGGUUUAUCAAUGACCAUUCCGUUGGCAUUGAUUGGGGAUUGGGUAUUUAAAGGUUUUCAAAUAAAUUUCAUUUACGUUUUUGGAGCAGCAAUUGUGACCAUUGGCUUUUUGAUAAUUAACAAAGAAGAGGAACAAGACUUUAUAGAGGAUGAGUAA